GAAGCUAACUGUAGAAGCACCUCUGUAUGUAGGCUUUCCUAUCCACCUCUUUCUCGGGAAUAACCAGACUAUCACUGAAAAUAACGCAAGCUUUAACAAACAUUCUCACUCUGUAUUCUGAGUAAAAAAGCAUUGCCACAACUGAGGUGCCGCUUGGCACCCGUUGUAACGAAGGUGGACAAUACGUCAAGGGCAAGAAUUUUUUACAGCUGGUAUAAAAAUGGAGCCCGCGCCUGUCACCGGAGGUAUCGCCCAAUAUUAAAUCCCACUGUUGUCCAGGAGCGUUAAACCUUUCAGGAUUUUAGGGAGUGGAGCAGACAUGGCCGACUCGCUAAGGAGGCUGGUGAACACAUCUUCCUUCAGCGUUAUGCAACUACCAUGUAAGUCAUAAAUAAUUUAUUUCUACCCUAAAUAUGUCAUCUCCCGUGACAAGAAUCUGAACAGUGAGUUGGUGGAGCUCACCUCCAAGAUACAGGGACAACUAUUCACCAUCCUCAACCUCACUGCUAGAGAGGGUGGUCACUAUGCAGGAGUGGACGUGCUCAAAUCACAUCUGUUGCCAUGGCUGGGGAUUUGCUUCCCCAUGGCAACCUCCUCUGUCACCAACAACACCAGCCUCAACCUCAUUCAGGAGUCUGUGAAGAAGGAGUGGAAGAUCAGGGCGCUGUCUGCCACCCAUGAGAACGACAUGCAGAGGAUGGAUACUCAGCUGUGCUCCACUCGCCUGCAGCUGGAGUCUCGCAAACAGGAACUGGCGGAUACUCAUCUGCAACUGGACACCAAAAACAUGUCAGCCACAACUCUGCUGGCCACAGAGGAUGAGAUACUACAGCUGAAAGCAGAAUUGCGUGUGGCCCGUGACCAGGUGGAGACCUAGAGGAAGCUGAAUGUUCUGGAUGAUGAGAGUCAGGGGUGUCUGCUGAGGGAUGAGUUGUCUUUCCUCACAGCAGAGAAGAGCAUGCUGCAAGAGAGGUUGGUGAGGAGUCGUUCCACCAGCCCCCUGCCCAGACAUAGCCACCACUCCAGCCCCCUGAGUAGUGAGUCUCCCACCCGGGCCCACUCAACAACUCGUCACGCACGGCUCGUGUCCCAAUUCAGUGACCUGUAUGCUGUGGAGCUGAGACGCUACAUAGACGACCUGGAGAUGGUCCAGAUAAUCAUCUUCAUCGCCACUGUGAAGGCCUUCCAGGCAGCCAAGCGCCAGUUCAAGCUGCAUGUGAGGAAGACCAUGUCUCCCUCCCAGCUGGGGCCAGAGAUCCUGGAUGAGUCAGUGGUGGACUACAUCGUCAGGAACCUGGACCUCUACGACGUGCAGGCCAGUYUUAAUGACAUGAUCAACACCAUGAAUGUGAACCCACGGAUUUCCUUCUCUCCGGAGGUGGACUUUGUCCUUGUUACGAGUUUCAUCAGGGAGACAUGUAGAGUGGCGUUCGCCAUGCAGACACUGGACUCUCCUCUGGACUUGGCCUUUACCAGCGACCCAGAACUCUACAGCUACAACAAGUAUCGUCGUAGCUAUGACUCUGAGUUUACUGCUCCUCUGGUGGUGUACCAUGUGUGGCCAGCGCUGGUGGAGGGGGACAGUGUCAUAGUGAAGGGAGAGGCCGUCACCAGGAGAGGAGCUCUGUGGCGGAGCAGGAGUUACAGUCCUGUUCGCUCUCACUCUGGCAGCCCCACACGCACUCUCGUAGGUUACUCGGACGACUGAGGCCUAACACUUUAAAAUAAUGUCACAAAUAUCAAGGUUGUUUAGAUAUGAUUUACUGUCAUUCUUUGGGACAGCCCAGUGUUUUUAUG